CUAAUCAAAAUGAGAACUCUGUUUGUCUGUAUUUUGGUUUUUGUUGGUACCCACCAAACGGUAUGUUUAGAUGAGAUUGGUCAGUGUGUGUCGUUAAUAGAACAAGUGGCAGAAGGCUACCUUGGAUGUUUCAAGGAUAUAGAAAAUACUAUGCUUCCAUCAAGAACUGUCAAAAGUAUUCCAGAUUUGACUCUGAAGAAGUGCCAACAUCAAUGCCAGGGUUACACAUUUUUGGGACUGCAAUAUUCUAACGAGUGUUUCUGUGGUAACAUUCUAAAUACUGAUCGGUACAAAUCCGUCCCCGAAAGCGACUGUAACAUGAAAUGUAGUGGAGAAAACAGGAAUUGUGGAUCAGGACAUAGAAACUCUGUUUACAGAGUGCCAUUUUAAGAUGCUGGGUACGGUUAAAUUAAAGUGAAUAGAACUGUUAAAUAACACAUUUGUUUUUUUCAUCGAUUCUGAUUGAUCAAUAAAAUAGUUUAGCAAACAUUAAA